GGUAUGUCUUGAUCGCGAGCGGCGGGUUUCAUGGGGCUCCUCAGGAUUAUGAUGCCGCCCAAGUUGCAGCUGCUGGCGGUGGUGGCCUUCGCGGUGGCGAUGCUCUUCUUGGAGAACCAGAUCCAGAAGCUGGAGGAGUCCCGGGCGAAGCUAGAAAGGGCAAUUGCAAGACAUGAAGUCCGAGAAAUUGAACAGCGCCAUACCAUGGACGGUCCUCGGCAGGAUGUGACCCUGGAUGAAGAAGACGACAUAGUCAUCAUCUAUAACAGAGUGCCCAAGACUGCAAGCACCUCGUUCACCAAUAUCGCCUACGACUUGUGUGCAAAGAAUAGAUACCAUGUUCUUCACAUCAACACUACCAAAAAUAACCCAGUAAUGUCAUUGCAAGAUCAGGUACGCUUCGUAAAGAAUAUAACCACCUGGAAUGAGAUGAAACCAGGCUUCUAUCACGGACACAUUUCUUACUUGGAUUUUGCAAAAUUCGGUGUAAAGAAGAAACCGAUCUAUAUUAAUGUCAUCAGGGACCCUAUUGAGAGGCUGGUUUCCUACUAUUACUUCCUGAGGUUUGGGGAUGACUACAGACCAGGGCUGAGGAGACGGAAACAAGGGGACAAAAAGACCUUCGACGAGUGUGUGGCUGAGGGAGGCUCAGAUUGCGCUCCAGAGAAACUCUGGCUUCAGAUCCCGUUCUUCUGUGGCCACAGCUCAGAAUGCUGGAAUGUUGGAAGCAGAUGGGCUAUGGAUCAAGCUAAGUAUAACCUAAUUAAUGAGUACUUCCUGGUGGGAGUUACAGAAGAGCUGGAAGAUUUCAUCAUGUUACUGGAGGCAGCUUUGCCCCGAUUUUUCAGGGGUGCUACUGACCUCUAUCGUACAGUAGGAAAGAAAUCUCACCUUAGGAAAACCACAGAGAAGAAACUGCCCACCAAGCAGACCAUCGCCAAGCUGCAGCAGUCUGACAUCUGGAAAAUGGAGAAUGAGUUCUAUGAGUUUGCCCUGGAGCAGUUCCAGUUCAUCAGAGCCCACGCUGUCCGCGAGAAAGACGGAGACCUCUACAUCCUGGCCCAGAACUUUUUCUAUGAAAAAAUUUACCCCAAGUCGAACUGAGCGCGGGUGUGGCCAGAGCUCCCUUGACCCGGAAAGCGACUGUGUCACCACCCUCCUCAGCUUCCUGCUGAUGCGCGUGCCAGCCGCUCGCCAAGCUGGGCUAGGGGACAGAUGUGAAUGUCAAGGAAAGAGAUGCGGGCGGGCUGUCAGAGUUUUCGGAGUUUUUAACUUUCAGGCAUUUUUAAUUUUUAUUGUUUUGUUUUAAUUUUCAUGAUAGUUAUCAUGUCCUCCCGGUGCAGUGGGCGGGGGGCUUACAUUGCCUAAAACACGCACAUGCACACACACACACACACACACACACACACACACACACACACACAGGAGUUUAGUCAGAAGACUGAGUGCCGUUUCAGAAGAGGUUCUGAUUCUCUUGCUUUGAUAAGCAUUUCUUCACCUCUCCUUGAGUGAAGAUGAAUCCACUGGCCACUUUCCCUUCUGGAGGCUGUGCCGCCACCUCUGCGGGAUAGUGCUAAUGACUGUGUGGCAGCAUCUGAUUUAUUUUUAUGAAUCAUGUCUCACAAAGUUUGUUAGAAUGUUUGAUCAUGUUUUAUCAACGUUACUGCUACAGUUGGGUUUGCCCAUAUUUAUGUAGGGUUUAUUUUAUUAUUUUAUUUGAUGAUCAUUAGUGUUAAAUCAACUUAAAACCAUGAAUAAUACUGUAAAAAGGUAAAAAGAGAUAAAGCAGUGUUCCUGACUCCGUCACCCCAGUGUCUAAGACUGGGGUGACACUUCUAAGAAUGUGGACAUUAUCUGAAGCUUUCUUUAGGAUUUCCACAUAUCAAUAUCAAAAAAGUGAGUUUAAUACCUGUUUCUUCAUGGCUUACCUGUAACCCUGAACGCUGACACAUCGGUGAUUCCACGUGGCGACUCCGUCAGUGAGCCGUGAUAUGGGUAGGAUUUGCCUACUUCUGUACUUUUACCUGUAGACUAUUUUUACUACGGUGCUUUAUAAUGUGUUUUAAAGCAUUGCAUUUACAAAAGAAAAAGGAAAAUGCUGUAAAUAUUGCAUAUUUUAUGUAUUUGGACCAAAAAGUUACAAGUAAGUAGACAACAGUGAUUUUGCACCCAUUUUAUUAUGUCGAGUAAAGUCGUCAGACCUCUAUCCUAUUCUUGUAUUUCUCUUGAUGUCACUGUUAUGAUGUCACUAUAAUGAGCUAGCGCAGCCCUUCAGUUUUAAUAGAGGACAUUGCUCACCCUGAGGCAGUAGUGAUCAUGGAAGGAGUAUUAGACUCUGAGGGUUUGAUCUCUGGUUCCAGCUCUGGACCUUUCUGCUGUGUGAUGUUAGGAAGUCACCUGACCUCUGUCUGCCUCAUCCUCCUCAUCUGAGAUUGGGACACUAAGACCUGCUGUACCUACCUCACAGGGAUGUGGUGAGGACUGAGGAAGACAGCCUGGCGGAGAGCACCUUGAAAGCGUGGCGUGGUGUUCAACUGUGAGGUGCCGUCACAGAAGUAUCUCUAGCCUGUAGUUUCAUAGUCUCCAUUCUUUUAACAACAAAAAGGCAAAAUCCACUUUUAAGCUUUAUGAGAAAAAAAAACUUUUCUCUUGAUAUAAAUUUGUGUUUGAUAAAUA